AUGUCCCAGCCCCGUGAACAGGGCGAGGAUUCCAAUAAGAUGGCCAUUUCAUACGCCAGCGGUCUUCCGGCCGAUCACACGCAAGCCCUCCCUUCAUUCCGAGAGCUGCUGCCCCCUCACCUUCACGACGAGAUCGAAUCCACCUCCUACUUCACGUCGCGGCAACAUUCGCACGAACGUCCCGCAUCCGCCAGUCAUGAUCUGACUUCCAACCACCGGCUUAUGUCCGAGCGGCCAUACGGCUCCCCAUCCAAAUUGCCCAUGGCGGAGUCCCCUCGCGAUUACUCGAUAGCUGCUCACCCGAGAGAUCCCCGGUUACCUCAGACGGCCGGCUCGACGCCCCCUUACGCCUCCCGCGGACCUAGCCCCAUCCUGCCCCCCAUCCGGGAUCUGCAAUCCCUCCCUGACCGAGGCCUGAACCCGACGAAUGCCGCUUUCCCCGACGCUCGCGGCCUCGCUCGACCCGAUCCCUACGCGGCGGCGCACGAGAUGCGCUCCGGCCCUCCCGUGGGCAGCCACGGCUUCGCUACCUCCGCGGCCAACUACCCGGGACCGAUGGGGGAUCGACGCAGCGCGGAGGCCUACGUAGGAGCCAACGGGGCGCCCGUGAUGCAUUACCCGUACUCGGCGAUGGUCUACCAGAGUGAUUCCGAGCAGACAUCUCCGCAGGGCCUCUCGCACGGUCCGCAGUCGAAUUUCGGCAUCCUGGGCGACCCGGCCGACUCGAGGAACAAACGCCGACGGGGGAACCUGCCCAAGCCGGUGACCGAUAUCCUGCGCGCCUGGUUCCACGAACACCUCGAUCAUCCGUAUCCCAGUGAGGAGGACAAGCAGAUGUUCAUGACCCGUACCGGGCUUACGAUCAGUCAGAUCAGCAACUGGUUCAUCAAUGCAAGGAGGCGACAACUCCCCGCUUUGAGAAACCAAAUGCGCAACGGCGGAUCCGACCUCGACCCUCAAAGACAGUCGCCUUUCAGUGACGUCGAGCAUACAUCCUCGGAGUCGAUGCCGUCUCCUCACAUGCUCAACCAGUCUUGA